UUCAGUAAGAAUCCAGUAAGAGUGUUUUGGUUAAGACAUAUUAUUUGGGAAGCCGUGCCGUGACAUUCCGCAGCCUUUUUCUUCCCUCCCUCUCAUCGUCCUGCCUGUCUGUCCCCUCUGGGUUUGUUUUAACAGCUGACAAUGCACAGGAGGACAGCUGGAUCAGGGAUCCCAAAAUAACCUUCCCACCACAAACACACUGCCCCUUCCCUCCCUAAGGUGCUGUGUGACAGACGGACGGACGGACGGACAGCACAGCCCUGGACACUUCCACAGAAGAAGCUGCUACCAUGCUGACUCCAGUACUGCCUCCCCUGGCCCUGGUUGUGAUACUCUGCUCCCACACAGGGGUGUUGAGUCGAAACCAGGAGGAGACCCUGCUGAAGGACCUGAUGAAGGGGUACAACAAGAACAUCCGACCUGCUGAGCGCAACGAGGACAUCAUCCAGGUCACCCUGAAAAUGACCCUAACCAACCUCAUUUCACUGAACGAACGAGAAGAGGCUCUUACGACCAACGUGUGGAUUGAAAUGCAAUGGUGUGACUACCGGCUGAAGUGGAACAGCUCUCAGUAUGAGGACAUCGAGCUGCUUCGUAUUCCCUCCAAGAGCAUUUGGCUGCCGGACAUCGUCCUGGAAAACAAUGUGGAUGGUAACUUUGAGAUUACACUCUAUGCCAAUGCCCUGGUAUACUCUUCAGGCUGCAUCUACUGGCUGCCCCCUGCUAUCUACCGCAGUGCCUGCUCCAUCAUUGUCGACUACUUCCCCUUCGACUGGCAGAACUGCUCCAUGGUCUUCCGCUCACGGACAUACAGUGCCAACGAGAUCGACCUGGUUCUCACAGAAGAGGAGAUAAAACCUGGGGAGACACAAACCAUUGAGUGGAUUGAUAUCGACCCCGCUGCCUUCACAGAGAAUGGAGAGUGGGCGAUCAAGCACCGCCCAGCCAAGAAAGUGAUGAGUGAGCGGUUCAGCAAGGACGAGCUGGAGUACCAGGAAGUGAUGUUCUUCCUGAUCAUCCAGAGGAAGCCUCUCUUCUACAUCAUCAACAUGAUCGUGCCCUGUGUGCUCAUCUCCUCCCUUGGACUGCUCGUCUACUACCUGCCUGCCAAGGCGGGGGGGUGGGGGGUUAGGGUGGAUCUCCAGGACGAGUCUCCUGCGGUUAAAUAAACACAUGGUGGAGGGCCAGGUAUCCCUGAAACAGUGUUUCUCUGUAAAUCUCACACCAGGUACCUGAUGUUCAUAAUGAGUGUGGCCACCAUCACCGUGAUAAACUGUGUCCUCGUGUUAAACAUCUCCCUGCGGACGCCCAACACACACGUCAUGUCCAGACAGGUCCGGCAGAUCUUCCUGAACCAGCUGCCCCGGCUGCUGCGCAUGCAGAUGCGUCCGUGCAUGGAGGUGGAGUCCUGCGGGCCUGCCCCCCCACGGAGGCGCAGCUCGCUGGGGCUCAUCACCAAGGCGGAUGAGUACGUCCUGAAGACCCCCCGCACGGAGCUCAUGUUCAAGAGGCAGAAAGAGAGGGAAGGGCUGAUGAAGGCUGUGCUGCAGAACAUCACUAAUGAGUUAGAGAUGGGCACUGCGCUGGACUUGUGUGCCAGCCUGGCACACGCCGCGCCCGAAAUACGCUCCUGCGUCAACUCCUGCACUCACAUCGCAGCUAGAACUCGCCAGCAGAAUGAUUUUGACAGCGAGAACGAGGAGUGGUUUCUGGUGGGCCGGGUGAUUGACAGGGUGUGUUUCUUUGUGAUGUCACUGCUCUUCAUCUUGGGUACCAUCGGCAUCUUCCUCAUGGGGCACUUCAACCAGGCGCCCUCCAUGCCUUUCCCCGGGGACCCCAAGAAGUACCUACCCUGACUGCAGAGUCACCGGACUGGGGAAAGCGAGGCACUGGGAGUCCCUCACUGACAGACUGAGCGAGGAGCUGGGAACUAUCUGCGGAGCUACAGAACUGCUGCCUGGGAAUGGGGAUGCCACUGAUCUGCAGAGCAGCUGUAAGGAGACCCGAGUCCCGGAAAGUUGUUUUCCUUGGGCAAAGAUAGCAAUGCUGCAGAUGAGACUUUCUGUUGUUGGUUUUAUUUCUUCCUGCAGUUGUCACUAUUGCUAUUGUUAUUUGUAUUAUUGGACGGU